AUGGCAGAGACUUCAGCGGAUCCUUCGCCUGAACCUGUAACGAGGAAAAAGAAGAGUCUGUCCAUCGAGGAAAAGGUCGACAUCAUUAAUGCUGUUGAAAGUGGCAAGAAAAAAACAGAUAUUGCAGCAAAAUAUGGGAUAAAGAAGAAUUCAUUAUCUUCGAUUAUGAAGAACAAAGAUAAGGUUCUGGAAGCCUUCGAAUCUUUCCGGUUUGAUCCUAAACGGAAAAGACUGAGAACUGCUUUUUACACGGAUCUGGAAGAGGCAUUAAUGAAGUGGUACCGAAUUGCUCAGUGUCUGAAUGUGCCAGUAAAUGGGCCAAUGUUGCGGCUCAAAGCUAAUGAUUUUGCCCAGAAGCUGGGACAUAGUGAUUUUAAAUGCAGUAAUGGCUGGCUGGACCGUUUUAAAUCAAGGUAUGGUUUAGUGUUCAGAGCUCAGCCCGUGGAAGCUGCGGCAACUUCAGCAGAUGCUUCGACGGUCUGGCACCAAAAUGUGCUCCCUUAUUAUUUGAAUGAGUAUCGUCCCAAGAAUGUGUUUAAUGUGAAGGAGAUGGGGUUGCUUUAUCGGAUGCUGCCAACGAACACUUUUGAGUUUAAAGGGGAAACUUGCUCCAUUGGAAAACUCAACAGAGAGAGAAUAACACUGCUGGUUGGGACCAACAUGGAUGGCUCGGAGAGACUCCCUUUACUUGUCAUCGGGAAAAACAAAAAUCCCCUUUGCUUUAAAGGGAUAAAAUCACUACCUGUGGAGUAUGAAGCAAACAGAACGGCAUGGUUGACCUCCGAAGUGUUCGAACGGUGGAUGCGGAGGCUGGAUGAUAAGUUUCAAGCUCAGCAACGCCGAGUAGUUAUUUUUGUCGAUACUCUUCCAGCGCACCCAGAGGUGAAGAACCUAAAAUCAAUUGAGUUGGCAUUCUUCCCUUCCUGUUCAUCUUCCAAAUUUAUAGCCAUGAAACAAGGGAUUAUUAAAAGUCUGAAAGUCAAGUAUCGACACUGUCUCAUCCAAAAAUUUGUAAACUGUGUGGAGGGCAGCAAGGAGUUUACGCUCUCUCUCCUGGAUGCAGUUGACACUUUACACCUGUGUUGGAGGACAGUAACUUCAGAGACGAUUGUCAGGAGCUUCGAAGAGGCGGGAUUCAUGUCACAGAAGGGAGAAGGCAACAAAACACCUAUAGAGACUGAAAGUGACCUAGAUCUGAUUUCCCACGCUCGGGCUGCGGGAGUGGAAUUUCCAGAAGGUCUUUCUCUAGAGGAAUAUGCAGCUUUAGAUGAUGAUUUGGUGACAUGUGAAAUGGUUUCUGACAGUGGGCUGCAAGGGACCAAAGACGAAACUCUGGAGGAGAAGCACUCUUUCACCUCUGAUGAGGAAGAGGAGGAGGAAGAUUGUGGAAUUCCAGGAACUGAACUGCCUUUGCCAUCAAAAAAUGAGGCCCUGACUGCUUUAGAUACCUUUAAAAGAUUUCUUAGGAGUCAAGAAAUGAAUGAUGGACUUCAUAAUUCCCUUGCAGACCUUGAAAAUUUUAUUCGGCAUACAUCAUCUAAAUAA